AUGGAUCAAAAUUAUGAAGAUUGGGACGAUAGUAAUAGUGUUACUUCAUAUUAUGUAACCCCACCUACAUCUCCAAUUAUACAACCUGUUAAUAAUGCAGAUGAGACAAAGAAUUUUUUUCGAAACAAUGCAAAUAUCAAUUUGUCUUCUUCAUUAUCAGAUUUAAUGGCUGAACAAAUAUCGUUAUGGUGUGAUUCUUCUUCUACUUCACAGCAACCGAAUCAGCUGAAUAAAGACAAUGAUAUUUUGAUUUCUUUAAAUGAUGAUGAUUAUUCAACGACGAAUAUAGUAUCAAAAGUUGAUAUUUCUCAAUGUCAUUUUACUUAUAUGAACGAUUCUCAUCAAACUAUCAUAAAUGCCAGCUAUCAAGGUGAUUUGGCAUUUUUGUAUAAAGUUGGUGGUGAUUUGAAUCUAAAUGGUGGCGGUGAAAUUUCUUGUUGUCUCAAUGGGAUGUCUGAUGAAAUUUCUAUCCCAUUUGAUCAAUUAUGUGGAUUUAAGAUUUCUACUGAAAAAAAAAUUUUUAUAAAAUUUAAGCCGAAUUUUAAAAGAACAUCUGAAAUUGAAAAGUUAUGCUUUAAGAAAAAUGGCAUUCGUAAUGAGUUCACUAAAGAAAACAGGCAAAAAUUAUACUUAACAUGUGUAUUCCCUACCGAACGUCGUGCUCUCGCUGUUCCAAUGGAUUCUUCAUAUAACAAAUUAUUAUUGCUACUUGAAUCAAGAUUUAAUCUUACAAUUGAUAGUAUUAAUCUUAGAUUUAGGAAUAAACGUGGGGAUGUUGUUGUAGUAAAAAGUGAUGAUUGUUGGGAAAUGGCAAAAAGUGAAGCUUAUGGAAAAAAUUUGGCUAGAUUAGAACUUCAAAUUUGGUAA